AUGAAGAAAAUUAUUUGCAUAUUGGCAAUUUUAUUUGCGUUGGCAAAUACAGCACCCGCUCAAGACGAAGCUUCAGCAGAAGCAGCACCAGCUGAAGAAGCACCGGCAGAGGAAGCUCCAGCAGAAGAAGUUUUAGCCACCAAUCCACCACAGUGCACUUAUGAUUUCGAAGGUUUCCGAUUAAAUAAAGGUUGUGUCGUGGUGAUGCCACCAAAUUGCGAUAAAGGAAAUUUAGUUUCAACUAAGAUUGGUGAAGAUUAUGAAAUGUGCUGCUGUAAUUUCUCAAAUUAUAUUAAACCAAAUUGA